AUGGGGGUAAUAUUUCAUGAUACUGUUGGUAAAGUCAAGGCGUCAUGGACCCCAAUCCAAAGGAUAACUGAGGGUCUAAUUAAGGUAAUAGUCGCCACGGUCGUGGUCUCGUCAUCAGCGGCUCCCCAAGGCUAUCACCUAGAUACGCCUUUAGGACCAAGCUUUGGAUUAAGAGGUUCAGGCUCAGGAUUUGGAAGAGGAGUUUCAGGGGUAGGGUUUGGAAGAGAAGGGUUAGCCUCAGGUUUUAGCUCAGGAGGAUGCGGGCCCGGAAGGGUGCUGCAUGUUGACGGCAGAUGCGUCAUUCCACGCGUCAACCGCAAGGUUUACUUGUAUGACACGCCACCCGUACCAGUGUCCCAUGGUCCCCCACCAUACAUUCCAGAACCAACCGUUGAGACAAACAUCUUGUUCAUCCGAGCACCAGAACAAGGACAAGGACCAGAUCCUAUUGUUAUACCUCCUCCUAGACAAGAACACGUCGUGUACGUUCUCAACAAAGAGUCGCCACAGCAACAGGAAGUGAUCGAACUCCCAGCUCCCCCAGCAAGUGAACCUGAAGUUUAUUUUGUGAACUACGGUGACGGUGAGAACCCGGUUCUUCCAAGCGGCGUUGAUCUCCAGACUGCCCUGAACGCUGCUUCCCAAGGUGGUGGUCAAGUGGUAGAAGGCGGUGCUGGAGGCGUUGUGGGAGGUUUCGGAGGCAGUGGAGGAAUCAGUGCAUUCGGAGGAAGUGGAGGAAUCGGAAGUGGAGGAAUCGGUGGAUUUGGAGGAAGUGGAGCAAUCGGUGGAUUCGGAGGAAGUGGAGAAAUCGGUGAUUUCGGAGGAAGUGGAGGAAUCGGUGGUUUCGUGGGAGGUGGAGAAAACAGUGGAUUCGGAAGCAGUGCUUUCAACGGCGGUCUCGUGAGCGGUGGCAACAGCGGAGAAUUAGUCGUCAGUAGAGGAGAUCGACAGAUCGAGCGGGGCAGAGCGGUUUGGGGAGCAAGUUUUGGUGCUGCAGAAUAUGAGAAUGCUUGA